AUGCGCAUUGAUUCAAUCUUAAUCGGAAAUAUGAAAGGCGGAGGAGGUGGAGUAGGUGGUGGAGGAGGCGGCGGGAAACGCCGGUGGAAAGUUCUGGUUAUUGGAGUAUUGGUUCUCGUUAUCCUCUCUAUGCUUGUUCCUCUUGCUUUCUUGCUCGGCCUUCACAACGGCUUUCACUCUCCUGAUCUAUCUCAUCUCCCUUCUUCCUCACUCUAUUUCUCUUCAGGAUAUGUCACUGUCCAACCGGCUACUCCUUUCGAGAGCUACAGCAGGAUCAAUGCUACCAAACAUCCCCAGAGAGAUCUAUCUGACCGAGUCGAUGAGGUUCUCCAGAAAAUCAAUCCAGUUCUUCCCAAGAAAAGCGACAUAAACAUGGGUUCCAGAGAUAUGAAUAGGACAAGCAUCAGUGAUUCUAAAAGAAGAGGAACACCAGUGUCCCCAGCUGUUGUUGCCAACCCAAGCCCUGCAAAUAAAACAAAAACCGUAGCCUCGAAUAAAGUUGUUCAGGGGGCAAUAGUAGGUGCUGAUGAAACUCGCAGAACUUGUGAAGUGAAAUAUGGGAGCUACUGCCUCUGGAGGGAGGAAAAUAAGGAACCGUUGAAAGAUGCUAAGGUGAAGCACAUGAAGGACCUGCUAUUUGUGGCUAGGGCAUACUAUCCAAGUAUUGCUAAAAUGCCUUCUCAAAGCAAGUUGACUCGGGAUAUGAAACAGAAUAUCCAAGACUUUGAGCGUAUUCUUAGUGAAAGUUCAGCAGAUGCCGACCUUCCACCACAGGUUGAUAAAAAGUUUCAGAAGAUGGAAGCUGUAAUUUCAAAGGCAAAGUCUUUUCCAGUUGACUGUAACAAUGUUGACAAGAAGUUGAGGCAGAUCCUGGAUUUGACUGAGGAUGAAGCUAGUUUCCACAUGAAACAGAGUGUGUUCCUCUACCAGCUUGCAGUACAGACAAUGCCUAAGAGUCUUCAUUGCUUGUCAAUGAGACUAACUGUGGAAUAUUUCAAGUCAGAUUCAGUUGAUAUCGAGGAUAGUGAAAAAAUUUCAGAUCCGUCAUUGCUUCACUUUGUUAUCAUCUCUGACAAUAUUCUAGCAUCUUCCGUUGUGAUCAACUCAACGGUUGUACACGCAAAGGAAAGUAAAAACUUUGUUUUCCACGUUCUGACAGACGAGCAGAAUUACUUUGCGAUGAAACAAUGGUUCAUCAGGAAUCCCUGCAAACAAGCAGCUAUUCAAGUACUGAACAUUGAAAAACUCGAGCUGGACAAUUCUGAUAUGAAACUGUCGUUGCCUGCGGAGUUCCGUGUGUCACAACAGAAUACAACACACUACUUAUCCAUUUUCUCUCAGUCUCACUACAUUCUUCCCAAAUUAUUUCACAAGUUGGAAAAGGUUGUGAUUCUAGAUGAUGACGUAGUAGUCCAGCGAGACUUGUCUCCCCUUUGGGACCUUGACAUGGAAGGGAAAGUGAACGGCGCUGUGAAGUCAUGCUCUGUGAGGUUGGGUCAGCUAAAGAGUCUCAAGAGAGGAAGCUUUGAUGCUAAUGCAUGUCUCUGGAUGUCUGGAUUGAAUGUCAUCGAUCUUGCUAGAUGGAGGGAAUUGGGUGUUUCAGAAACCUACCAGAAAUUUUAUAAAGAGAUGAGUGGUGGAGAUGAGUCAAGAGAAGCGAUUGCGUUGCAAGCAAGCUUGCUUACGUUUCAAGACCAAGUUUACGCUCUUGACGACAAAUGGGCUCUGUCGGGACUUGGCUAUGACUUCUAUAUCAACACCGAAACCAUAAGAAACGCAGCCAUACUGCACUAUAACGGGAACAUGAAGCCGUGGCUUGAGCUGGGAAUCCCACAGUACAAAAACUAUUGGAGAAAGCAUCUGAAUCGGGAAGAUCGGUUCUUGAGUGACUGUAACGUGAAUCCAUGAUUGAGUAAGUAAACUACAGUGGCCAAUGCUUUAGAAGAAGCUACACGCAAAGAAAAAAAAAGUUAGAGUGGUGGUGGUUAAGCGCACAUCUCAUUUUUUUGGGUGGGGGUAAAUAAACCCGAAUGCAUUUGCAGGAGAAAAUGCUGAAGGGGAAAAAAGAGCAAAAGCAGAAGUGAGUUAAAAGGUGAUAGCAAAUUGAUUUUUAAGAGACGUGAUGACGAUGCUUGAAAAAGCUAUUAUAUGAAUGAGAAAGAAAAAAAAAAAAAAGUGGAUGUGAACAGAAACUUUGAUGAUGUUGUAUAUGAUUUUUGGCAAAGAGAUGUGCCAUUCUUUUUCCUAGCGUUAUUUUCCAUUUGUCAUAUGUGUUUCUUUUUCAUUAUUUUACUUUUCACGUACCCAAAUCAAUAUAGAAGCCAUAAGGAUUUUAUCUAUAAACUAGUUCACGUGAUUUUUUUUGUUAUUAAAUAGAAUUUCAGUUUCUAAGGA